GAUUAUAGAAACACAUGUGCGGUGAGAGAGUUGAAUAACAUUCAUAUUCCAGCUUUGUUUUAACACAAAAUAAAUUAUAUUACGUUUUUUAGUGUAUUUCAACCAGACAGUGCAUUGAUUUAAAACAAAAAAAAAACAAAAUGAGUUUACGUGCGUAUGGAGUACUUUUAAGGGCCCGCCAAAUGACACAGCUAUGCCGGCAAGCAAAUCGCGCAGCGACCUUCGCGUUAAGAUCGACUUUGCAGCAGUCGCUAUCACCGACUGUUUUACCACAGCGUCGCCUUGGUACCGUUGCCGAAGAAUCCUCGAAAACGGACAGGCAUGAGUUUCAAGCAGAGACAAGGCAAUUGUUGGACAUUGUCGCUCGAUCCCUGUACUCGGAUCAUGAAGUGUUUGUGCGCGAGUUGAUCUCAAAUGCAAGCGAUGCGUUGGAAAAAUUCCGUUAUACGGCCCUAAGUACAACAAAUGAAACGCAACUGGCUGCCAAGGAUCGUGCUCUGGAAAUACGCAUCACCACAGACAAGCCACAGAUGCAGCUCAUCAUCCAGGAUACAGGCAUAGGCAUGACACGUGAGGAACUGAUCAGCAAUUUAGGCACCAUUGCGCGCAGUGGUUCCAAACAGUUCCUAGAGGAGCUCAAGCAGCAACAACAAGCGGCUCAGACCAGCUCAAAUAUAAUUGGACAAUUCGGUGUGGGUUUCUACUCUGCCUUCAUAGUGGCUCAGCGUGUGGACGUUUAUACUCGAGCAGCUAGUCCCGAUGCGGUUGGCUUGCGCUGGUCUACAGAUGGCAGCGGCACCUAUACCAUUGAGGAAACAAAGGAUGUAGAGUACGGUACCAAGAUCGUUCUUCAUCUGAAGACCGACUGUCGUGAAUUUUCGGAUGAGGAUCGUAUUCGCACCGUGAUCAAGAAAUACAGCAACUUCGUGGGCUCACCCAUUCUGCUGAACGGUAAGCAGGCGAACGAGAUCAAGCCACUAUGGCUAAUGGACCCGCAAAGCAUUACCAAGGAGCAGCACCAAGACUUUUAUCGCUUUAUAAGCAACAGCUUUGAUUCGCCGCGUUUCACUCUACAUUACAAUGCAGAUGUUCCUCUGAGCAUCCAUGCGCUGCUCUACUUUCCAGAAGGCAAGCCCGGACUGUUCGAAAUGUCACGAGAUGGCACGACGGGCGUGGCUCUGUACACGCGCAAGGUGCUGAUACAGUCUAAAACGGAACACUUGCUGCCCAAGUGGCUACGGUUUAUCAAGGGCGUAGUCGACUCCGAGGACAUUCCCUUGAAUCUGAGUCGUGAAUUGCUACAAAACAAUAGUCUGAUACGCAAGCUGGCCAGUGUUAUCUCCAGUCGAGUCAUCCGUUUCCUACAGGAACGCGCUAAGAAACAGCCAGAAGAAUAUGAGGCCUUCUAUCGCGACUAUGGACUGUUCUUAAAGGAGGGCAUUGUUACGUCCACCGACAGCGCUGAAAAGGAGGAAAUUGCCAAGCUAUUGCGCUUCGAAUCUUCAAAGUCGGCCACUAGUCGGAUCUCACUGGAUGAUUACUACACCUCGGUUGGUCCUGAUCAGAAGGAAAUAUUUUAUCUGGCGGCCCCUAAUCGUGUCCUUGCCGAAUCGUCGCCCUACUACGAAAGUUUGAAGAAGCGAGAUGAGCUCGUGCUCUUCUGCUACGAGCCCUACGAUGAACUGGUGCUCAUGCAGCUGGGACAGUACAAGAAUAAAAAGCUGGUGUCCGUUGAGAAGGAGAUGCGUAAUCAGUCACGUGAUCCGGCUGCACUGCAAGACUUUGGCGAUGACAGUCUGGUGGGCACUGAGCUGAAUAGCCUUAUACCCUGGCUGCAGGAUCAGCUGAAGGGUCAGGUAGCCAAUGUGAAGACCACAACACGUUUGGAUACACAUCCCUGCGUCAUCACUGUUGAGGAAAUGGCCGCUGCGCGGCAUUUUAUACGCACUCAGAGCCAUCACCUUCCAGAAGAAAAUCGUUUUGCACUACUGCAGCCAGAGCUGGAGAUCAAUCCCAAACAUCCCAUCAUUAAGAAGUUAUUUAGCUUGCGUACCAAAGAACCGGAAUUGGCACAGCUGAUCACCAAGCAACUGUUUGCCAAUGCGAUGGUUGGCGCAGGUCUUGCGGAAGAUCCGCGCAUGUUACUCACUAAUAUGAACACUCUGUUAUCAAAAGCAUUAGAAAAAUACUAAAUCAGUUCUAAAAUACCUAAAUUUAAAAUAAAUAAAAAAUACCGU